GGUAUAACUGCAAAUAUCCACACAGCAGCCAGCAGGUCCUUCCUUCCUCCCCUACCUCCCCUUUGCGCUUGACAUCGCCGGGUGGAUCAGCGGCGGAGGCUGCCAGCGAUGUCGUCCCUCAACUCGCUCUUCAACCGCUCCACCUUCGGUACCAAAUGCAAAACAUGCUUGAAUUUAGUCAUUUCGAGGAUCAAGCUGCUGCGCAACAGGAGGGAGUUGCAGCUAAUAAAUAUGCGCAAAGAGAUGGUUCAGUAUCUUCAGACAGGCCAGGAAUCGAUAGCAAGGAUUCGGGUGGAGCACAUUAUUCGAGAGCAAAAUAUAUUGGCUGCAUAUGAGAUUGUUGAGCUUUUCUGCGAAUUUGUGCUGGCAAGGGUCCCUAUUGUUGAGGUCCAAAAGGAAUGCCCCUUCGAACUACGGGAAGCAAUAGCUAGUAUAAUAUUUGCAUCAGGGAGAUGUUCAGACUUGCCUGAGCUAAUGCAUCUCCGUACUUUGUUCACCACCAAAUAUGGCAAGGAAUUUGUUGCUGCAGCUAUGGAAUUGCGUCCUGACAGCGGUGUUAAUCGUACAAUAAUCGAGAAGCUCUCAGUGAAGGCCCCAUCAGCUGAAUCAAAGCUGAAGGUUCUGAAAGCUAUUGCUCAAGAGUAUGGCCUUGAAUGGGACUCAUCGAAUACUGAAGCAGAGCUUAACAAGAAAUACGAAGAUCUGCUGGAUGGAUCAGGAUCCUCAGCACGCCAGGGCCAGUUACCUAUAAUCGAGAACUCUCCAGUUGCUUCCAUUUCCAGAGAUAUGCCAUCGUUGUCCAUUUCACCUGUCGAGGACACUGGAAAAUAUCAAGCUGCUCCCCAGUCCCCAAGCUCACCUGCUGGGUCUGCAGUAAUGCAUGCGGCUACCAAGAGUAACAUGGUGAGCCAGGAGCAUCAUCGCUCCCCUGCUGAUGAGAUAUCGUGCGCAACCCCAAGUUCGUCGGACGUUCUUGAAAAAGCCCGAGCUGCCAUUGCUGCAGCCAACCGCGCCUCCGCCGCUGCCCGUGCAGCCGCGGACCUUGUAAAGGUCAAAAUUACAAGCUAGUGACGCACUGACGCCUGCUGUUGUGGCGAACCAAGGCAAGUUGCGUGGUUUGAGAUUGUGGCAACUCGGGUUUAUUACUGACUAUACACAUGCUUAAUUUGAAUGACAAAGUGUGGCUUAAACAAACGAGAAAGUGUAUUACUGUAUACCACUCUCUUGGCAUUUCAACUGAGUUAGUGUGGCUUUUGCCUUUCUGUUC